AUGAAGAAACAGAAAGCGAGAGAUGAAAACCAAGAUUCACCACCACCAAUGGUAGAGGUGUCAGAAUCCACUGUUGAAAGAAGAAGUCCAGGAGGGUCGCAUCAGGAAGUGAAGAAGCUGCUGAACCCCGUAGAAGCUGCUGAAGCCCCCGUAGAAGCUGCAGGGGCUGCCGAGGCUGAAGCCUCUGUCCCUGCGGAGAGCGGCGAGGAGCUGGUGGACCCCGCUCCGGUCAUAGCCGAAGCUGCAGGAGAGGAGCUGCAGGCGGACGCUCCUGUUGAACCGUCUGAGGAGGCUGCGGCGGCGCCUCCUCCGGAGCCCGAGGAGCCCUUUGAUAACAGCACUUAUAAAAACUACCAGCACCACAGCUACAACACCUUCACGUUUGCAGACCUGGACGUAGAGAUGGCCAAGUUUCGCCUCCCUCAGCCCUCCUCCAUUAAACCCUAAGAGGACCCUGGCAGCCCCC